CAUACGAACGAGAGAGACUCGAGAACAGACGGAAGCACUCACUGCCGAAGCAACUUUAUAUACCAGGGCUAAAUUUAGGGUCGAGUGGUGCGCUACGUCCAUCCUGAACGAAUUUCCUCCGCCUCGGCAAUUGGUCCAGCUAUUCAGCUGCAAUAUUUAUAAGGUACGAACUCCUACCAAUCAAACUUGCUUAUGACUUUGAAACACUACUUCAUAGGAGAACACAACUCUUAGCUUUACAACUUUUUAGAGUUUUUCGAGAGGAGCGAGGUGGACCGUAAAGCAUACAUGCAAAUAUUUACAUAGACACAGAGAACGUUUAGUGUACUUUACGAAACAUUUCGCCUGCUUCGACAACGUGUGGAAAUGGCCUUAAGCGAGACCAUUUUGCCAUCAAUUUCUACAUUUGCGAACCAAAAGGAGAAAAGUUGGGAAAACAGGUGGAGAGGAGGCAUGGAUAAGCCUGUGCACUCCAGCUGUUCCAUGCUUGAUAUCGUACAGAACGCAGACAACUGUCUGGGCAGGAAGGACGACGAGGACCUCAGCAAUUACCUGGAUCUAGAGUUUAUUCUCUCGAACACCACUGGCUCGGAUUGCAUCGCAACGCUCGGCGCAGGCGGGGAGUACCCACUGGCCUCUGUAGACCCAGUCAACCUGUACCAGGCGGGGAACACCCCGGCCGCCUACACCAUGCCCGAACACAACAGUCCUCCCCCGCCGUACAGCACCAGUCUAAUGGCGGAGCUGUUGAGGUCGGAGGUUGACAACAAUUACUGCGUGCCCAGCAACAACGGCAACACCAUUCAGGGGAGGUUUCUCGUCAGCUCCUCGGCUUUCCCAAGACAGGAGUAUGUAGACAACAUCAAAGUUGAGCCGCCAAUGGACGGCUACGGACCGGUUUUGGGCAUGGUGCCGCAGAGCUGCCCCAAGAUCAAACAGGAGGGCAACGUCUCGUGCAUGCUGUCUUUUGAGCAGCCCCGACUGGCCAGUUCGCCGCAGGCAGCGGGCAGCAUGACACCGCCGCUGAGCCCCGAGGACCCCCUGAACUCCGACUGCCACUCUCAGAUGCGAAGCUCCGUGGCCUUCCAGCAAAGCUACCAGUCACCCCCGGGUUUCCCCCAUCCACACCCCCCUCCUCCAAUGCAGCUCCACUAUCAAACCGCGCGCCCGUUCGGCAUGUUCGAGGACGGACUCGGGAUGCAGCCUGCGGCGCAGAGAGUGCUGCUUACGCCGCCCUCGUCUCCGCUCGAGCUGAUGGAAUCCAAGCCCAAGAGAGGUCGCCGCUCCUGGCCGCGGAAGCGGACAGCAACACACACCUGCACUUUUGCUGGCUGCGGCAAGACCUACACCAAGAGCUCGCACUUAAAGGCGCACCUCCGAACGCAUACAGGCGAGAAGCCAUACCAUUGCAGCUGGGAGGGCUGUGGCUGGAAGUUCGCCCGCUCCGACGAGCUGACCCGCCAUUUCCGCAAGCACACCGGACACCGUCCCUUCCAGUGCCACCUGUGCGAGCGCGCCUUCUCCAGGUCCGACCACCUGGCUCUGCACAUGAAGCGACACAUGUGAAGGCGCGCGCGCGCGCGCACCAAGACUGUGGACUUCUGAGAAGCAAAACGAAAAACAUCGUGUGAGAUGUGGGAUAUCAUUAACCUUUGUCAUUGAUUUUUAUCUGUAAAAAGAAAUACUCGAACACGCUUUGACUAUACAAGUUUUAUAUAUAAAAUGUAUAAAUAAUAUUUUUGAUAAUGUAGCUGGUACUACUUUGGUAUAGACAAAGUUGUUUAAAAAAUGAGAAGCAUUAUACGGUGUUUGCUUUGGGGCAAAUACGCCAACCUGUCAGGCAGGUCCUAAAUACACCUCUGACGCAAAUGGAACUAGACAUUUACAUUUUAAUGCUGUAUUUAUUUAGCCACGAUAGUGCCUUUCAAUUCUAUGGCUGUAUAUACAUACACAACUGCCAGUUUGUCAACGAGGCAAAAUAGACAAGUUCACAUUUCAUAUGUGUGAACUGCGCAUGAAAUGAGCGUUAAAGACAACGUUUUGUUCUAAAACUGCCUUUCAGCCCCACGAGGCUAAACUUGAAUGUUCACUGUGCUCUCUGUCUUGAAUACCACAUGAAGUCAGGGUUUUUCAAUGUAAUUGAAAAAUAAGGGUUUAUAUAUAUAUAUACCUAUAUAUAUAUAUAUAUAUAUAUUCUAUCAUGUUGUGUCUGAAAGGUGCAAUAAUACCAGUCUGCUCCAGCCUCAAUAGACACUAUCAGGUCAGGGCUAGAAGCCUUGUGCAUUAAAGACUUAUUUUGUAUUCAGAUGGAAAUCUAUAGAAAAUGUGUACAUAGACGCUGCAAUGUAAAUAGUGUAUUUAAUGUAAAUAUUAAACUAAUUUGAAUGAUA